UAGCAUCAGCUGUGAAAGAUUGGCGCAGAGCGUGACGCUUGAGCGCAAGCAGCGAAAUUGCGAAAUUGGUUUGUCGUGACGGGUGACAUUUCGAUUUUUGAGACAAUCAGAGAUUGAAAAAUAUGGCUGCGAAUGCCGAAUUUGAGCCGCUGGAAGCGUCCGUGCGAAACGUGAUUGAUCAACGAUCGUUGAGAUGGAUAUUCGUCGGCGGAAAAGGAGGCGUUGGGAAAACAACAUGCAGCUGCUCCUUGGCCAUUCAACUGGCUAAAGUUCGCGAGAACGUCUUGAUCAUUUCCACAGAUCCUGCGCACAACAUCUCAGAUGCGUUUGAUCAGAAAUUCAGCAAAGUACCCACAAAAGUAAAAGGAUUUGAUAAUCUAUUUGCCAUGGAAAUUGACCCCAAUGUUGGUAUCACAGAACUGCCUGAAGAAUAUUUUGAAGGCGAAGCCGGAGUCAUAGGAGGAGAAGCGAUACGUUUGAGCAGAAGCGUAAUGCAGGAGAUAGUCGGCGCCUUUCCUGGAAUAGAUGAAGCUAUGAGCUACGCCGAAGUAAUGAAGCUUGUGAAAGCAAUGAACUUUUCGGUUGUUGUAUUUGAUACGGCGCCAACCGGUCACACUCUGAGGUUGUUGUCCUUUCCACAAGUUGUAGAGAAGGGUUUAGGAAAAUUAAUGAGACUGAAAAUGAAAAUCAGUCCCUUCAUAUCUCAGAUAGGUUCAUUGUUGGGUAUGUCGGAUAUCAACGUCGAUACAUUUUCAAAUAAAAUGGAAGAAAUGCUGGCAGUGAUUCGUCAAGUGAACGACCAAUUCCGGGACCCAGAACAAACAACUUUCAUCUGUGUUUGUAUAGCCGAAUUUUUGUCCCUCUAUGAAACGGAAAGACUAGUUCAAGAGUUAACAAAAUGCGGCAUUGACACUCACAACGUUAUUGUAAACCAAUUGUUAUUCCUAAAAGAAGGCGAUGUGCCUUGCAGACUCUGCCAAGCCAGGCACAAAAUUCAGGAUAAGCAUUUAGAUCAGAUUACAGAUUUGUACGAGGACUUCCACGUGACGAAACUGCCAUUGCUGGAACGCGAAGUUCGCGGAGUUCAGCAUAUAAAAGAAUUUUCCGAGAACUUGGUGAAACCGUACAAGCCAUAACAUUAACAUUUUUAAAAAUUCAUUAUAUUUUCCUCUACAGCCAACUGUAAAAUAAAGAUUACUGAAAAAAUA